CCUUCCUAAAGGUUCGCUCAACAAGAGCCGGUUGCCGUAUUGGGACUGUACCUAACAUCAACAACCUCCUGGAUAGCCGAAACGUCUUCGAUCCAUCCGCCGUCUUGGCUUAACAACCUCCCCCGGCCCCGAUUAAGAGCCGAAGCGUUAGUGGUUGUUGACCGCUGAACCUCCCAACAAUGCAGCCACCUCACGUACUCAGAGUUCCGGGUCCGCCUCUCGUAAUCGAGGCAGCGCCCCUCACGCGCGAAGCAUUUGCGCCAUUCGGCGAUGUAAUCGAGAACCCGCGACCCCAUGUCCACCCAUCCUCGGUCGGCGGAAACUCAAACACGCCCUCGCUUCCCUUCGACGCCGUACCCGCCAACCAAGGGUCCGCCAUCAAAUACCAGCAUGUAUCCCGCCCGGUCAACCUCUACGACCAGGCCCCAAGCGGCCGUCCGGGAUCAGCAAUCAUGAGCGUGUUUGUGUGCGCAGCCCGCGCCCGCGUGAUGAUGAUGAUGCCGGACCCAGCUGCUCCGACCUCGGCCCCCGGUGCGGGACAGCCACCACCAUCACCACCACCACCAUCAUCAGACGUGACCAUCAAGGUCUCCAUCCUCGAACGCCACCCGUUCACAACCCAGACCUUCAUCCCGCUACCCGCCAACCCGGCAGCGCACUACCUUGUCAUCGUAGCCCCGACUCUCCCCAGUAGUGACCCCACCACCAUCGCGGGCGGCGAUGAGGCGGCGGCGGCGCUCCCAGUCCCGACCCGUCUCCCGCCCUCUGCCGCCGCCGCCAGCUACCCGCGUCCCCUGCCCGGCGGCGGGUUGCCCGACGUGCGACGUCUCCGCGCCUUCGUGGCGACGGCCCGCCAGGCGGUCACCUACGGGGCCGGGACGUGGCAUGCGCCGAUGGUGGCGCUGGGCGAGGCCGGGACGGCGGUGGAUUUCGUCGUGGCGCAGUUUGCCAACGGGGUUGGAGUGGAGGAUUGUCAGGAGGUGGUGUUGGCUUUGGACAGCAGCAGCAGCAGCAGCACGGGACAUGAUGGCGGUGCUGUUUGGGUCAAGUUGAAGUUGAAACCGGGCUCGUUGGUGGUGGCGGGGAGCAGGAGGACGGAGAUGGCGAAACUGUGAUCUCCAACUGUGAAAGAAUGGUUGGCUACUAGGUACCUUGUAUGAGAUGAGAGUUUAGCGUCGGAGUGCCUCUGGAGUUAGUUUGCUAUACAUACAAUACCGUACCUAGGUAGGCAGUUCGACGGCUUAAUUAGGUUGUUCUGUUGUAGACUGGGAAACAAGGCACCAUUCUCCCAGGGAACGGAAUGUUAUUACCAUCGGGAGAGGAGAUGGUGAUCACGAAGAGCAGA